GGCCCCUGCCAUUGGUUUCAGCCUUUGGUCACCUGACUUAAUCGAGCCAAUGAAAGGUGAUAACAUUAAUACUUCCGCUUUCCCUCAGGCGAAAGAGCCACUGUGCCCGCCUUUCGGAUGCUAUGAUUGGUCACACUCCCUCAACUCGCCAGUUUAUUGGCCAGCACCGCGAGGCUGGGGUGUAGCGGGGUCUGAGGGCUUGUGGCAGGCCCGCUGCCAUGGCGUCUUAUUUUGAUGAACACGACUGCGAGCCGUUGCACCCCGAGCAGGAUGCCCGAACCAACAUGCUGCUGGAGCUCGCAAGGUCCCUUUUUAAUAGGAUGGACUUCGAAGACUUGGGGUUGGUAGUAGAUUGGGAUCACCACCUGCCUCCACCUGCUGCCAAGACUGCAGUUGAGAACCUCCCCAGGACAGUCAUCAGGGGCUCUCAGCCUGAGCUCAAGUGCCCCGUGUGUCUUUUGGAAUUUGAGGAGGAGGAGACUGCCAUUGAGAUGCCUUGCCGUCACCUCUUCCACUCCAACUGCAUUCUGCCCUGGCUGAGCAAGACAAAUUCCUGCCCCCUGUGCCGCCACGAGCUGCCCACUGAUGAUGACACUUAUGAGGAGUAUAGACGAGAUAAGGCUCGCAAGCAGCAGCAGAAGCACCGACUCGAGAACCUCCACGGAGCCAUGUACACAUGAGGUGGCUGGGACAGCACGCCAGUCCUCCUCCACACCCCCUUCCUCUUCUGCCUCGAAUUCUCAUUAAAAGCUUCUUUACCCGU